CUAGGGCGCCUUAUGUUAACCAUGCCGCCGAGAGAGAGGAAUACAUAAAUAGUGUUUUGCAUGGAAGUGAGAGACAUUGUGUGAAUCAACUUAGGAUGAAGCCUAUAGCUUUCCACCACUUAUGUCACACCCUCACUGAGGGGGAGCACGUACGUCUGACUGUUCACAUGUCUGUUACGGAGCAAGUGUUCAUUUUCUUGCACAUUAUUGGUCAUAAUGUGAGGUUUCAUGUAAUGGGUAGUCGGAUCUAUAGAUCAACUGAGACUGUUCAUAGAUACUUCAAGGUUGUCCUUAGGGGGGUCCUGAAAUUAUAUAGAGCUCUAAUAAGACUGCGUAGCGAAGAUACACCUCCAGAGAUAAGGAAUAGCAGAAGGUUUUACCCAUAUUUUAAGGAUUGUGUUGGAGCAAUAGAUGGUACACAUGUUCGUGCAUCUGUGCCACCUGAAAUACAAGGAAGAUUUCGUGGUCGCAAAGAUGGAACCACGCAAAAUGUGUUAGCUGCCAUUAGUUUUGACUUAAAGUUCACUUAUGUGUUGGCUGGAUGGGAAGGCAGUGCACAUGAUUCACGUGUAUUAAAUGAUGCAUUUGCUAGGACAGGGGGAUUUUCAAUUCCCAAUGGUAUUACACGAUUACUUCACCCUUUUGGUUUGUUAGUUUAAUAAAUAUUAUGUGUUUUCCUAAACAUAGUAGUGAUUUGGUUUUUUUUUUUAAUAUAUGUAGGUAAAUUUUAUCUUGGUGAUGCUGGGUAUGGUAAUAAAAAUGGAAUAUUGUCACCGUAUCGGAGUGUACGAUAUCACUUGAAAGAGUUUAGUGAUCGUCCUCCUGAGAAUGCGCAAGAAUUGUUCAACCUCCGACACUCUUCAUUGAGAACUACCAUUGAGCGAGGGUUUGGAGUGGUGAAAAAACGUUUUCGAGUGUUGGAUGCAGAACCAUAUUGGUCUUUCCCAACCCAAGUGAAAGUAGUGUUAGCGUGUUGUGUGGUUCAUAAUCACAUUAUGGGGGUUGAACCAAAUGACCAUAUUAUGGAAGAUGCAAUGAACCAAGUAGAGCUUAGUGACCACCAACAAGAAACACAAUCCCGUCGGGAGUCCGUCGAAGAUAGUAGAUCAUGGAAUGCUAAGAGAGAUGAGAUAUGCCAAGCCAUGUGGUAUGAUUAUAUCAGGAGUGGAGAGUAGUACUUUAUUUAGAUUUCUAUGAUUGUAAUGUGUUUUUUCUUUUUGUUUUUUUGUAAAGACAAUGUAUGUAAUAUAGACUUUUGGUGAUGUAAUGAAAAAGUAUUUUUAGCAUUACAUUGUUAUUUGAUGGUAUUACAUUGUCAUUUCCAUAGUUAGCAUGUUCCAUUCUGUUGUGCACAUUCAUAAGCGUGGUUGUAUGUGUGUUUGAUUUGUUAUUCAUGUUCCGAGCGUAAUUACUAAAUGCUACUCUCACUAUACUAUUUUCAUAUGUAGUAAUGUCAAAGGGCAAAGAAAAAGUUAGCGGCAGCAAGCAAUUUAGGUGGCUGCCACCUAUGCAUGAGAUGAUGCUAAAGAUACUUACAGAGGAGGCUGGAAAGGGCAAUAAGCCCUCUAAUACUUUUAGGGCCGGCUCCUUUGCUCUUGUAGCGAAGGAGAUAACGGCCCAUUUCGGGGUUGAGUGCCACCCUGUAUUUGUGGAGAACCGGAUGCGGACUCUAAGGUCCAUGUGGGCAACUAUUCAAGAGCUUAGAAAGAAGAGUGGAUUCGGUUGGGACGAAAAUCUGAAAAUGAUAACUUGUGACGCUAAAACAUACCAAG